UUAUACUAUCAGGAUGUACCAAGUGCAAUUCUAGUAUGUACAAGGUUAAAAUAAUUUAUCACGUGCGUCGGAACAAUAUAGUUUUAAGUUCAAGUUGAAAUCUAAAUCAAUGAGCAUCGUUCCGUGCGAGUCAAGCUGACAUGGCAUAUGGAACGUAUAUAAAUCCGAUUGAGAGAAGAGGGAGCUUUCAUUUUGCAAUUGACACUAUUUCGCAUCAUAUCAUGUUGCUGUAUCUGGCUUUUCUCUUAAUCAUUGGAGCGGCCAUAGCCGAUCACAAUCAUGCAUGGGAAACUGGAAACGAAUAUCAUUAUCUUAUAAAAAGUCGGACAUUGACGGGCUUAGAUGGGCUAGCUGAGCAAUAUUCCGGAAUUUUUAUGAGAGGUAAACUCACCAUUCAAGUGAAAUCAUCGGAUACGUUGCAGGCUGUGGUUUCCGAGACGCAGCAUGCUUCUGUGAACGAAAUAUUGUCGGGUAUUUCGGAUGAAAUCACCAACCUUGAGUUUCACAAGCUUUCUUUAUCGGAAAAGCCCUUCGAGCUCAAGCUUAAACGGGGAGUGAUCCGAGAUAUAUUAGUUGAUCAGGAUGUGCCUACUUGGGAGGUGAAUUUGCUAAAAAGUAUUGUGAGUCAGCUGCAGAUUGACACAGAGGGUGAGAAUGCAAUAGCAAGUAGGAGCACUAUGACGCCCAACGACAAUCGGUCCUUCAGUACAUUUAAAGUCAUGGAGGACUCCGUUGGCGGCAAAUGCGAGGUCCUUUACAGUAUUUCGUCAGUGGAGGGAGAUAAUUUGUCAAUCUCUUUGCCACAUCUCCAUAAAGAUGGUCAACAUUUUGUUGUUGCGAAAACGAAAAAUUACUCCAGAUGCGAACAGCGAAUGGCUUAUCAUUCUGGUAUCGUCAGUAAAAUGAAUUGGAAACCAGGAUCUAAUGAUGGAUUUCUUUCGAGAUCAUCUUCGAAUCAUAUUAUCAUCUCCGGUAAUCUGAAACGUUUUACUAUUCAAUCUUCCAUGAUGACAAGCCAGAUUUUAAUCAACUCUCAUUACAAAAUUGAUAAAUCUAAAUUUCACAAUACAUACUCUGGCGCUGUUUACAGUAGUAUGAAUCUAACUUUGGGCAGAAUGAAUCAGAUCUCCAACUCUAUGCCUGUGUCCAACAAUCUCAUAUCAACCGGAAAUUUAGUGUACACUUACAACAAUCCGUUCUCUAGCCAACGCAAACUACGUCGUCCGAGUGUCAGUCAAAGUUCCUUGGCGGCUUCAUCGUCCGAGAACCAUAAUUCUAACAAUUCUAGCGAAGAAAACCAUAGCGACGAUGACAACUUCAAGAGCGAGGAACGCGAUUACUUUCAACCUAAACCGAAAUUGGAUGAAGCUCCGGAGAGUCCUUUAUUACCCUACUUCAUUGGAUACGAAGGCAUGAGCAUUUUAAAAUCCGAAGAGAAUUAUACUUGUGAAGAUAUGCACUUCCAUAAUUGUACUCGGUUAGGUUUAUUAGCUAACAGACUAAUCCGUCGAAUAUCGAGCAGAAUACGUGACGUUGAUCGAAUCACAUCUUUUUCCCCGGCGCAAAUAAACGACCGAUAUCUCCAUACUUUAGAACUAUUUACAAUUUUGGUUAGAUUGAUUCGCAUCAUGAAUGUUGAACAGAUCGCUGAGGUAGAUAAGAUACUGUUUGACGUGUAUAAGCGUAUAAACACGAUGAGUGAAAAAGAUUUUGUAUUAUUAAACCAAAGCGCAUGGAAUAUCUUUUCAUGCGCCGUUGCAAACGCCGGAACCGGACCCGCUCUCAUCACCAUAAAAACCUGGAUAAAGAUUGGGAAACUCAAGGGCAUAGAAGCGGCGAAAAUUAUUUCGAAAAUUCCUAAAUCCGCGCUCGCACCUACAACAGAAUAUGUCGCAGCGUUUUUCGAACUGAUUACCGACGAAAAGGUGACAAAACAGAGAUUUUUGAAUACAACUGCACCUUUGUCAUUUGCCGAAUUGGUCCGUUACACUCAAAGCAACAAAUUAUCUAUUUACUAUCCGGUCUACAGUUUCGGCCGUAUGGUCUUUAAACAUGACAAUGAACUUCUUGAAACUUAUAUUCAGUAUAUGGCUACCGAAUUAAGAAAAGCUAUUGAGGAAGGCGACAGUUGUCGAAUUCAAACAUACAUUAUGACACUGGGUAAUUUCGGUCACGCGAAAAUACUUUCCGUUUUUGAGCCAUACCUGGAAGGCACAAUUCCGAUAUCGAAAUUCCAACGUUUGAUGAUGGUCACCUCAUUAAGCAAACUAAGCGAAAGCUAUCCGAGAGUUGUCAGAUCCGUCGCCUAUAAGAUUUACUUGAAUUUAAAAGAGGCCUACGAAUUACGUUGUGCAGCUGUUCACAUCAUAAUGAAAACCAAUCCACCCCUGAUCAUGUUGCAGCGAAUGGCGGAAUUUACUAAUCAGGAUCAGGAUCGACACGUAAAUUCUGUCGUCAAGACCAGUAUAGAGUCCCUCGUUAAUUUAGAACAAUCAGAAUGGAAAGAUCUCGCAGACAAGGCGCGUAUCGCUAGCAAGCUAUUGAAUCCUAACAUUAGCGACGAUACUUACUCUCGGAGCAUUUUUACGCACAAGAAAAUCGCCUCCUUAAACAUUGUCCAAACAAUCAUUUUGCAGACAAUUGGUAGCGACGACAUUGAUACAGCUAAAGAUGCAUAUAUUGAUGUACUCCAAUCUUACGGUGGAUUAAAUCUACCCCUGUCAAAACUGUCAUAUAGUGUAUCAAGUAUCGAAGAGUUGAAACAGAUGUGGUUAGAUAUAUGGCUAGGUGGACGGCCCUGGAUGCCUCAAAAUAAAACCGAGAAGGAAUGGAUGAUUGAAACCAUGAUUGAAAAGCUUGGUAUUGAGCCCGAAAAUGCAGAACAACUCGAAGGAAAUUUCUUUAUGGACUCUGCAUUUUCUUUAGAAUUCUAUCCCUUUGAUAAUCAUACGCUUGAAGAAUUUACUAAUAUGUUGAAAAUGUAUUAUAAGUCGAUAUUGCAGACAGGAUCAUAUGUUUCUAAAUACAAAAUGGUAAAUGAUCUAAACCAUUACGACAUAACGUUAGGAUUCCCGACUGAAACAGGUUUGCCGUUCAUCUAUACCUUAAAAGUACCGAAAAUAACUAGCGUUAACACGGAAGGAUCUAUUAAAGUUACAGAAUCACAAGCUAAUAGCUCUGUAGAAGUGGCAGCAGAAGGUUAUAUAGUAUCAAAUGAAAAGAUCCAAAGUAGAAUUGGUUUUGUAACACCUUUCGAGCACAGACACUACAUUGCUGGUGUUGAUAUCAAUACGCAUUUCGCCAUACCAGCUAGUUUAAAUGUUAAAACGAGAGAUAACCAUUUAUUUGAGCUAAAAAUAAGCCCUCAAAUUGAAAGCGGAGAUUCAGUCUGGCGUAUAGCGAUUCACCACAGUGUCGUUCCUUAUACUUCAAGACACGACAUUCUGAACUUUGAACCUUUAGAGGUCGACAAUGACACACGUCUAGUGCACACGAAGGAACCGAAUGAAAUUCAGUUUUCGCUAGGUAACCUGACACUCUCCGCAAGAAGUGAUGUUAUUGAUAGCGAUAUGUCACAGAAGAGGGGACUUGAAGGCCUUGUUAAGCUUUCUACUAUAUUUUGUUCAAAUCUUGGUGCCCAUUAUAGGAGAUUCGACGCAAUCUUAUAUCCCAUAGAAGCACAAGUAAACCUAACUUAUCGUCAUGUCCAGAUGCCCACCGAUAGAAGUUCAAACGCAUCAAUUCCUACAACAGUUGACAAACGGCCAACUGCCAAUUUUGUCGAUAAUUCUGUCAAUGUAUUUGACAUAAGCGUUUUAGCUAACAAUAAUUAUUAUGUUUUCACCUUCGCUUUGGCAAACAACCACGAUGAGUUACAAAUCCUUUCCUAUGAGAAUAUCCAAUCGCUAGAUGGAGAAGUUUCCUUCGAGUCUUGUAGUGUUAAUAGCAUUGUUGGAUUAUCACAAUACAAUUAUCUAAAUGUUGAGAAAGCAAUCGAAAAGAUUCCGAAUUAUGAAUUUAACACUGAGAUGCGAAUUGGAAGUUGUGCAAAUGGAGAGACGAUUAGACUCAAAGGAAAUUUGAGUCGCACUGAUGAUGUCAUAAAGAAGGCAAUGAAAUCCGAGAUAGUUGAGGAGUGUCGACAACAGAUGAAACAAGGCAAUAUUUGGCUACCAACUUGUCAAAAGGCUAACGAAUUAAUCCAACAGAGAGAUCUUCUGAUGAUGUCAAUGGAAACGAAUUCGUAUAAUUUCUAUUUUCUUGCCAACAAAAUGAUCUUGAUGAUCAAGAUGAUGAUUUCCGAUAAAAAUAUGAAUAUGUCAAACUUGGAAAGUGUUAAUAAGAACAUGGAUGUAGAAAUAAAAAUGCUUGAUAAUAAUGAUGCGAACAUUUCUUUGCGUACUUCGCAAGUGGAUGUUUCGUUCUCUUUGUCGAACUUUAUUAGAGAUCCCAAUAUUAUAUUUCCCAAUUUUACACUAAACAAGCUUUUCGACGAAAACUUAGAAGAAGAUAUGUGCGUUCUCGACAAAACCCAAGUUGUAACUUUUGACGAUAAGGUCUAUCCCUUAACUUUAGGAAAAUGUUGGCACGUAAUGAUGGCGCCUUAUCCAAAACGGGAUUCCAAUAAUCCCGAAAAAAUAUUAAGUUUGCCGAAUGAUAUGAGGGCAAUUAUCAUGGCCCGAGAAAUGGACGACGGCAGCAAACAGGUAUGGAUAAUCUUGGGUCAUGAAGAAAUUCAUCUGCGAAAAUUGGACGAUCAUCUCGAAAUUUCCAACGAUGGUGGUGAGAAUUAUGAUUCUUAUUUAUCGAGUUACCGACAAUCUUUCUACGAAAUUUAUCAAGAGGAUGGAAUAAUCAUAAUACAUUCGUUGAAAUAUGAUAUCUACAUCGUGUACGAUGGAGAACGUAUCCUACUUUAUGUAAACGAUAAAUAUUUCUAUACUGUACGCGGUCUCUGCGGUAAUUACGACAUGCAAUCCAACAACGAUUUCGUCACCCCUAAGAAUUGCAUCCUGUCGAAGCCCGAAGAAUUUGCUGCUACCUAUGCCCUGACUUAUCGAGAGGACUGCGAAGGACCCGCUUUGCAGAAUAAACUGAAAGCCGAACAAUCCACAUGCAUUUCGAGAUCGUAUAUUCCGGGUGACGUCAUCAGUGAAAAAGAAACGGGAAGAUUUCGCAGGAACAGAAGAUGGGGCUAUCAUUAAAAUAAUCGAUACUUUCAAAAAAAGCACAGUAAUAAUUGGAGUUUUUUUAAUCACAGCUUACAAGAGUAGUAAGCCUGCGGAAUAGAAAGAGAAAAGUUAAAAAUAUCUGGCAUAAUAAAAACGUUUUUAUUCAAUUCAAGCACAGAAUCAAGUAAAGAUUUGAACCGAAGAAACGGUUUCCAAGUCGGACACUUUCAAUAUUCUUAUACGUAUUACUAGCUUCUUUAUUGAGUAAGUACAAAAGUUCGUGUCAAGUUUAAAAAAAAUUUUUUAUGUUAAUUUUUAUGUAG